AUCGGUAGCUACCACCCCCUUGGGCACAGCAGCUGCUCCAGCUGCUCCUGGUCGGGUCGAGCUUCUGAGCUCUGAACCGUGCCUGCCCCGGGCUGUGGGGUAGCUGAGGUGAUCCCAGGACGACCCGCGGGGUGGGCCGACCGGGGAGCGGCCAGCGGCGGCGGGAAGUGUGGGCCACCGAGGGGCCUGCCACUGGAUCCAGCCGGAGAGAUACCUCAGCCGUAGCAUCCCAGCCCAAAACUUGUGUCGUGAAAUCCAAGACUUUGACCCAGAUAAUGUGAUAGGACCUUCCUGUGAUUUGGGGCCAUAUCCUACUUAGAUGAACUCGGGACUUCCAGCUUUACCGAGCACUUGGUACUACACGCAGGCUUCUCGCUUGCUUGGUAUAGGUUACCAUGCCAUCUCUGCCUCAAGAUGGGGUUAUUCAGGGAUCAUCUCCCCUGGAUCUGAAUACAGAAUUACCUUAUCAAUGCACAAUGAAAAGGAAAGUCAGAAAAAAGAAGAAGAAGGGAAUUAUUACAGCGAAUGUUGCUGGAACAAAGUUUGAAAUUGUUCGUUUAGUAAUAGAUGAGAUGGGAUUUAUGAAAACUCCUGACGAAGAUGAGACAAGCAAUCUUAUCUGGUGUGACGCUGCCGUCCAGCAGGAGAAGAUUACAGACCUGCAGAACUACCAGAGAAUCAACCAUUUUCCAGGAAUGGGAGAGAUCUGUAGGAAGGAUUUCUUAGCAAGAAAUAUGACGAAGAUGAUCAAGUCUCGGCCUAUGGAUUAUACAUUUGUUCCUCGAACGUGGAUUUUCCCUUCUGAAUAUACUCAAUUCCAAAAUUAUGUGAAAGAAUUGAAGAAAAAACGGAAGCAGAAAACUUUUAUAGUAAAACCAGCUAAUGGUGCAAUGGGUCAUGGGAUUUCAUUGAUAAGAAAUGGGGAUAAAAUUCCAUCUCAGGAUCAUUUGAUAGUUCAAGAAUACAUUGAGAAGCCUUUCCUAAUGGAAGGCUACAAGUUUGAUUUACGGAUUUAUAUUUUGGUUACAUCCUGUGAUCCAUUAAAGAUAUUUCUCUACCAUGAUGGGCUUGUGCGAAUGGGGACUGAGAAGUACAUCCCACCAAAUGAGUCCAACUUGACCCAGUUAUACAUGCAUCUGACCAACUACUCAGUGAACAAACACAAUGAACGGUUUGAACGCAAUGAAACGGAAGACAAAGGCAGCAAACGUUCAAUCAAGUGGUUUACAGAAUUCCUACAGGCCAAUCAGCAUGAUGUUACUAAGUUCUGGAGUGAUAUUUCAGAGUUGGUGGUAAAGACUCUGAUUGUAGCAGAACCCCACGUCCUGCAUGCAUAUCGGAUGUGCAGACCUGGUCAGCCCCCAGGCAGCGAGAGCGUCUGCUUCGAAGUCCUGGGGUUCGACAUCUUGUUGGAUAGAAAGCUCAAGCCAUGGCUUCUAGAGAUUAAUAGAGCCCCAAGCUUUGGAACUGAUCAGAAAAUAGAUUAUGACGUUAAAAGAGGGGUUCUACUAAAUGCUCUGAAGCUGCUGAACAUCAGGACCAGCGAUAAAAGGAAAAACUUGGCCAAACAAAAAGCAGAGGCUCAGAGGAGGCUGUAUGGGCAAAACCCAGUAAGAAGGCUUUCGCCAGGUUCCUCCGACUGGGAACAGCAGAGGCACCAGCUGGAGAGGCGGAAAGAAGAGUUGAAAGAGAGACUCCUUCAAGUACGAAAGCAGGUUUCGCAGGAAGAACAUGAAAACCGACAUAUGGGGAAUUACAGGAGAAUUUAUCCUCCUGAAGAUAAAGCACUGCUUGAGAAGUAUGAAGGUUUGCUUGCUGUCGCCUUCCAGACCUUUCUUUCAGGAAGAGCAGCUUCAUUCCAGCGAGAACUGAACAAUCCUCUGAAAAAGAUGCGGGAGGAAGAUCUUCUAGAUCUUCUGGAACAGUGCGAAAUCGACGAUGAAAAGCUGAUGGGGAAAACCGCCCGGGUCCGAGGACCGAAGCCCCUGUGCUGCAUGCCAGAGUGUGCAGAGGUCAUGAAGAGGCAGAAGUAUUAUGGGAGCAGUGACAGCAGCUACGACAGCAGCAGCAGCAGCAGCAACUCAGAACUGGAUGAGAACGAAAAAGAGAUGUGUCAGAAGAGACUAGAUCAAGUCCCAUAUAGCCUUAAGCACACCGGUCACGGCAAGCUAAUCCAACAAUCCAAUUCCAUGAGGCGUUCGGUCAGCUGCCCUCGGUCCAUCUCUGCUCACUUACCUUCCAGAGGGGAUGUGCGCCCCUUUUCUUCUCAACAAGUGAUACCAUUAGCACGACCAACGUCAGCGUCUCGGUCACAUUCCUUAAACCGUGCUUCCUCCUACGUGAGACACCUGCCUCACAGUAACGACGCCAGCUCUGCCAACACUCUGGUGAAUGAGUCUUUGCGGCAACUGAAAACAAAAGAGCAGGAAGACGACCUCACCAGUCAGACCUUGUUUGUCCUCAAGGACAUGAGGAUCCGCUUUCCGGGGAAGUCGGAUGCAGAGUCGGAGCUCCUGAUAGAAGAUAUCAUGGAUAACUGGAAGCAUUAUAAAACAAAAGUGGCUUCAUAUUGGCUCAUAAAACUGGACUCUGUAAAACAACGGAAAGUUUUGGACAUAGUAAAAUCAAGUAUUCGUACAGUUCUUCCAAGAAUCUGGAGGGUCCCUGAUGCUGAAGAGCUGAGUCUAUACCGGAUUUUCAACAGGGUAUUUAAUCGCUUGCUCUGGAGUCAUGGCCAAGGGCUGUGGAGCUGUUUCUGCGAUUCAGGAUCCUCUUGGGAGAGCAUCUUCAGUAAGAGCCCGGAGGUGGUGACUCCUCUGCAGCUCCAGUGUUGCCAGCGUCUGGUGGAGCUUUGCAAGCAGUGCCUGCUGGUGGUUUACAAAUACACAAUGGAAACAAGAGGACCCAUCUCAGGCAUUGGUCCUGACUGGGGGAACUCCAGGUAUUUGCUACCAGGAAGUACCCAAUUCCUCAUGAGGUCACCACUGUACAACAUGAAAUAUAAUUCACCCGGAAUGACUCGCUCCAAUGUUUUGUUUACGUCCCGAUAUGGCCGUUUGUGAAGGAAGAUUGCCCUGGGCUGUGCAUAAUAGCAAUUCAUUUAUUUCCUCCAGUUGAACCUUAAGGAAGCGACCCUUAUAUGCUGUUUUAUGUAUAUAUGUCAUAUAAGUGUGUGAAGUACAUACACACACAUGCACUCAAGUAACAUAUAAAUAUAUAUAUUUAUUAUAUGUAAGAAGAAUUAGCAGAAAACUGAAUAUAAGAUUUAACCUUUCUGGAAAUGUAAUAAACCAUGUUAAAGUUGUUUACACAAAUACGCAAAUGUGUAGAAUUUGCUAGGUUUAUAAUUAAUUACUUCCUACUAGAAAUGUUAUUUUUGCUGCAGAAUUCAUCCUAAAGAUCCCAUCACGGUGUUAUAAAUUAUUUUCUAGAUAAUAGGGCUUUCGACUUGAGGAAACACUGAUAGUGUCUUACUACUUCUCUAACUAUUAGUAGUUAUUUAACAGUGAAACAUAAGACUUAGAUGCCUGGGGCUGGCCUGACUAGAGGACUAGGAUAAGACGGGUUUGUUGUUGCUAUAGCACACUGUAAAGUACUAGAAAAUAUCCCAGCCUGAUUCUCCAUUUUACUCCCUUUGAUGGGAAUUUAGCUGCUUGUUCUAGUAUCAAUAAAGAUCUGGUAAGAUAAUGGAAUCACGCAAAAAUGGGAGGCAAUCCAGUGGGUUAAGAAUAAAAUGUAAACUUGCUUUAAUUUGACUUUUCAUGGGGGGGGGUCCCAUAGAGAAACAAGACAAUGGCAGUAACAAAUUCUGAUGUGCGACUUCUGUGUCACUUUUCUUUGGAAAGUAUAUCAUUGAUGUGCUUAAGUCUCUCAGCUUUGAGACCAGUUUACCUUGCCAAGUCCAAUAACAGUAGUUUCCCAUUUCACCUCAGAGAAGAACCCAAAGACUCUGAAGAGAAGACUCCAGUGAGCCCAGGUCACUGUUCAUUGGUGUAAUCUGGAGGGAGUCUUUAUUCAGAGUUCAGCGUGAAGCUGUCUUCCUGUCCAGAGGCUUCAUGCUUGUGUUUCAGAGCAGCACACCCCAUUCUCCCUCGUCUUCCCUGCCAUCUAGAAACCAGUGUACGCUCUCGGUUUUCCAUACAGAUAGAGACCAUACCCUAUGGAUCUUUGGACUCAGAAAGUACAAUAUUUGCUGAAACUUCUCUUUAGUGGUUUUACUAACAUAUGUUAAGUUUUUGUAAAACUCAGAAUACUCGCCACCUUCUCGUAUUUUUACAUCUGAUUCCUGUAAAUGAAGAAGGGACUCCAAAGCACCAAGAGUUCAUUCGGCCUGCUCUCGUUCAAAGCUGGAUAGGUGAUGACCCAAAGAUAUAAGACUGAAGUAUUCUGCUUUAAAAACUACCUUUGGAGAGUAUGCUUUUUACUGUAAUAUUCACUUUUUACACAUUACUGGCAGCUACUUCUGGCUUCUUUCUGGCUGCCUACACACACGCAUUCCAGCAGAGACUUUUCUUACUGGAAACAUCCCACAGAAUUUUGUCUCAUGUUUUUGAAAGAGAAUAAAGCCUCCAGAUAAAGAAGAUGAGUGUGGUAUUUAGGAGUCCAUAUUUUGGAUUCUUCAACAUGACAUAGAGAGUUCUUAGAAUAAAUGAUGCAAAUACUGGAACGCUUCAGAAUCUUUAUGUGAAUAAUAAACAAAUCAGCCCCCUUUGGGCUUUAUUUGUAGCCACAUCUUCUUUUAAUUUAUGAUGUAAAAGAAAUCACGGAGGAAUAAAAGAAAAAACAAAAAAAAUCAUGGCUAUGUCACUUAAAAUGAUUGGUAAGUGAUGCCAACUAGUUUGUUGGCCAUUCACUUUGUUUGUCUUAAAUCACAAAUGAUCAUUUAAUCGGACAGAGUAUCCACUCUGAAACUUCUAUCAGGUACUAGGAAGGAAGUUUCAUUAAAACGGGGGAGGGGAAUGUCCACCCCCCCGUUUUGAGAUUUUUAGGAAAUCUCACCCUAAAAACAUAGAUUAAAGGCUAAGAGUAAGUGUAAAUACACAGAAUUGCCAAGCAUUUGUGAAAACAACAACAUUUCCUUGUCUAUCCAAGCAAAGCCUUAUUUUGUGCACUGGAAUCUCAUUGCCUACAUGUUCCUGUUGGGGCAAGUUGGGUAGGAUGAAGGUGUGCAGAAAGCCACGUGCUCGUUAUUCAUGUACAUCACCUGGUGUGCUGUGGACUGUGGUUGUCAUGGCACCAUCUCCUAAUGAGCAGCCACGAGAAGACAUGAUAAUGAGCCGGGAAGUCCCAGGAGGCCAUAGACAGGUAUUAGAGGUAUAAAAUAUUCCUUAGUUUUUGUUAUCAAUUUUUUAUGCAUAUGCUUAAAACAUAUCUGCAGUAGAGACAGUAUGAAUCUCUCUCUAAUAGAAGAGAAGAGAAAGAAAACUCCAGAAGCCAGUUAAUCGUACCAGGGUUUUUUUUUUCUUAGAAUGGAUUUUGGUUUACCUACAAGAAAGGGGAUAAGUAUAGACCUGCAGUAUAGACCGCUGCUUGGUCCAUCUCCAGGUUGGAAUGCAUCCCCAAGCUAAUAUAUGGGUGUUCCCCCAAUUGUCUAAGUAGUAACUUGCUUGUUUUGUCUUCACCUGUGAACAGAAUCUAAAGGGACAGUUUAGUUCUCACUUGAGUGAGCCAGUCUUGAAGGUUUGAGUUUGUUAAAAGACCCUGUUGCAAUAUGAACAUAGCUGUAGAUGGAGACAGGGUGAAGCAGCUCUGCUGUCUGUAAGAUGCAAGGGUUCGCCUAAAUUAGAUCAAAGUCUUUGUUACUCGCCUCUGAAGUUCAAACCGAACCAAAACCAAAGCCCUUUCUUUCACCUAACAUUUACGCAUACACAGAGAAUAAGUGCCUCCUACACAUCAUGAAAAUGACUUUGUUCAAAUUAUCUCGUUAGUUUGGAAAGUAGACCAGAAUGGGAUCAUGCUGAUUUGAAAUUUUAGAUAUUUGAAUAGAAAUUCAAUGCUUUCUUUCUUUAACAUGUCAUUGUUAUCCUGUGUAAACAUCAUCUUCAAACGGAAACAUAUGCUAUACACACUAUUCAAAAAUACCAAAAAGAUAGCUGCAUACAUGCCAUUACUUAACCUCCUAUAAAGCAUUUAUUCAUUCUUAAUAAUAUAUAUUCUUUUAAAAAUAGUGAAUACCUCAAAAGUGACAGAAAAUUCUUUCCUUCUCUAUUUAGCAAUUGCUAGUUUACAUUCCAAAUCUCAUGUACUUGGUUCUAAGCAUUAAUCUACAAUAAAAAUAUAACUAUACAAUUAACGUUCUUGUGACCCAGUGGUUUUUGGACAUUUGCUUUUCUCUUUAAAAUGAGAGCUCUAAGUGUAAAGGGCCAUGUUAUCUACAUAUUAAUUAUUAGGUAUUUAAUUGUUUUGAACUAAUGUUGGCUUGUAAGUAAAUGAAAACCGUAGAAAUAUAUUCAUAAAGCAAAUGAUUCCUCGUACUGCUUUCUCUCUCUCCUGUUCUUCAAAUUCACUUUGAAGCUUUAGCUGUGCAUGGACAAAGUAAAGAAAAGAGAGAAAUAUUGCCUUUUGAACACUGGUCUUCCUUGAAUUUUUAUAGUGGUGUGUUUUUACUGGAGUAACAAUAAAACUUGGAUGAAAUAUUGGCUCAGUUCUGUUUGCCGAGAGCUUUCGGAACAAGGUUGAAGUCUGUACGCCUAAAACACACAGUGUGUGUCCAUGUGACGUGAGAUGCACUUGAACGGUUGGUCCUGCCACAGAAAUCGAUGUUGAAAUGGCACCUGUUGAGAUUGCUUCUAUGUUUGAGGGUCUGCCAUGAGGUAGUAUAUGGUGUAUUGGAAGAAAUUUACCCAGGUAAUUCACUGUGAUACUAAGAGGGGUGUGUCACCUAAGAAGAUCUGUGAAAGACUUCUGCUUUAUCACCACCAAUGAACUUGAAAGCUCUUGCUUUGACAAGCACAUCACUCAAAAGACCAAUGGUUCCUAGAUUAGUAAGGAGGCUUGCCUUUGAAAAGUGGUCAGAUAAUUAUUCUAUUUCCUUCAAAAGAUAUCAGCCAUUUUUGGUCCAUGAGUUCAUAUAACAGCUGCUCUGUUCUACAUGCUGUAGCAUUUGAAUUUUAGCAGAGUCUGAAUGUAUGGGUGAGAGAACAUAUUUACUAACAUGAAUCAUGGGUCAGAUUAUCCCUGUGUGCUUUGCUUCCUGUAUAUGAAUGCAAAUGUUACAAAGAUCCGCUUGAAAUGUCAACAAAGUGUGCGGUUGGCAUUGCCAUGGCAUGCUGUCCCAUGUGGCACCUGUAUGGUGAAACUACUUCAAUUACUAUAAUAAAAAACGUCAACACGAGAA